AUGCUGACGGCUAUGCUGUUAACUAUACUUCUGAUUUGGCUAUUCAUGCGACCGCUGUACUGGAGAAACCGUGGAGUGAACUCCAGACUUCCAUGGCCUCUGGUGGGCAACUGUUGGUCUGCAUUUUACCUGAGCACUGUCCAGUUUUGGGAACGAGUAUACCAUUCUUCGGUCGAACCAUACAUCGGGAUCUUCUUCUUCACGAGGACAGCUCUUGUCCUGAGAGAUCCACAGAUAAUCACAGAAGUGCUUGAAAAGAAAGCUCCACUCUUCAACAGCCACGGGAUGUACAUCAACCGCCGCGAUCCGAUGGGGAAGAGUCUCUUUCACCUCAACGGCAGCGAUUGGAAGGAGGCCAGGUCCAAGCUCAGCACAUACUUCAGCCCGGUGAAGGUAAAAUCUAUGUCAGAAAUAGCGGAAGGAAGCGCUGAGAGAUUGCUGAACCACUUGGGAGAUCAGCCAGGAAUUGAUGUAGAAAUUCACUCGGCAGCGAUGAAGUUGAGUAUAGAUGUUACAGCGGCAGCACUAUUCGGCUUGGAAUCUAAUGUAUUCCAAGAAGGUGAUGAUUCAGAAUAUUUCAUCGCUUCAAAGGAUCUCAACAGUCCGUUAUCAAUGCUGAAGGUAUUUAUAAACUUUGUGUCGCCUCGUCUCUUUGAACUAUUUAAACUCAACUCGUUCUCCACUCGCACAAACGAAUUUAUAAGUAGCAUGGUCCGUGGUGCUAUGGAGGCAUGUCUGGACGCUAAGAGUCUUCAGCAGCCACUAAACUUUAUUCAAGGGAUGGUCCAGUUAAAAGAAAAAGACAAAAACAUGGACAAGUUCGCAGUAUCUCAGGGAGCAGUCCUUUGGGUCGGUGGGGUGGAAACGACUGCGGCCACCCUAAGUUUCUGCCUCUACGAGUUGGCCCAGGACCCUUGCCUUCAAGAACAGCUUCGUGACCUGAGCUCACCAAGUACACCUCAACUGCUUCGUCAAGUCAUUGCAGAGACUCUGCGGAAGUAUCCACCAUUUAGCCUCAUCUCCAGAUGUUGCACCACUGACUGUUUUUUGGAAUCAGGACUGUUUUUGGAGAAGGGAACGUUAGUCUUCAUACCCGCCUACAGCCUCCACCACGAUCCAAACAUCUAUCCGGAACCUGAGUCCUUCCAACCUGGACGGGAGUACCCCAGAGGAGCCUAUCUUCCCUUUGGAUCCGGCCCGCGGACAUGCAUAGGUAAGAGAAUGGCGGAAACUGUCCUAGAACUAACGAUUAACAAACUUCUACAGAGGUACAGGUUCUUACCGAGUGCGAAAUCAUCGACACCUCUGACACUGUCGCCAAGAUCUUUCUUCACUUCAGCAGAAGGAGGGAUAUGGUUGAAAGUUGAAAGGAUAUCGAGUGUAACCACAACUUAA